CUUCAUAGUAAAAUGUAUGCAUUUGAUAUUUCAGUUCAACACCGCUUGUGAAAAAGCCAAGGCUUUCACCAAAAAGCCCACCAACGAUGAGUUCUUGGAAUUCUAUGGUCUCUACAAACAAGCCACAGUGGGUGAUUGUAAUGUUGCCCAGCCAUGUACAACAGAUUUUGUUGCCAAGGCCAAAUAUGAUGCAUGGAGCAGGCACAAGGGCAUGUCCCAGGAUGCAGCCAAACAAGCAUAUGUGGCAACCUAUCAGAAAUAUGCACCCAAAUAUGCCUAGUGACGGAAUUAUUCUCAAGCUAAGAUUUUAUAAAUUUUGGAAAUCAGAUAAAACCCAAUUGCUAUCUUUUGUAAUGGUUAUUUAAUAAAAAAAUCAAUGAGUAUCUUGACAAAAAAAAAAAAAAAUUAG